AUGGACGAAAAGAAUCGGUCGGCAGACGUCGAUGAGGAGGACGAGAACAAAGAUCACGACAGCCAGGACGUCGGUGAGAGUCGCCAGGAUAUGAGUGACCAGGCGGAUGAUGGUCAUGAUGAUGAUGAGUCUGUCUCGGCUAACUUUGGAUCGGAGGUGGACCCAGCCGAUGAGGGUUCGGUCGCCGAUGUGACCGAGUUGGGUGAGGACGUAAGCGAUCCGACCGACGAGCAGAAAUCGACUCACGAGCAGGGCCCGGAGGCCAAGGAUCAUAUGUAA